AUGUCCACAGCGUCUUCCUGCUCGGCUCCCUCAUGGUACGCGUACGUUCGUUUCAUGUGUGAUAUGAAGCGUCACGUUGUUCGCGUCCGAGACAUAAAGAACUUUUAUCCCGAACACCUCAGUGACUUCAGCAAAACGCGACCAUACGCCGUAAAAUGGAUGUCCGAGAAAAACCCUAUGGAAAAUAGUUACUACCAGGCUCAAAUACUGGGUUUGGCAGAAACGGAAAAGCAGGCAGAGGCGCUGCAGAAAAAAAGAAUAGCUGUACCGCCGCCUCGAAUCGGAAGCGAACUCGAUGUGAGAGAGGAAUCCUCAUCAAACGAUGAACCCGCUGAAACGGCGAAGCUCCAACGUGCAAUCUUGAAGAAAAGGACAGAUGAGGUAAAAAAGAAAAAAGAGAGGGACCUAGUGGCAGAGAGUAGGAAGCGGUAUGCAUCAACGUCAGUGGACGAUGAGGGCGUGGUGGCUGAGAGCGAAUUGAAAGAGGCGAGACAAGAGGUGAAAACACUCGAGCAACGUGUAAAGAAGCUUCAGGAACAAAAUGAUAAGCUACAAGCUGCCCUUGUAUCUGGGGUGCUCAAUUUGGAAAAGCCAUCUGGCCAUCAGUCCCGUGCUGUCCAGAACCUUGAGCCAUUCCACAAGGUUACUAAUUUAAAUACUUGCUUUAGCCAGUAUGUCAGUCAAAGCGCCGAGGAGGAAGAUUUUUCUUUAUCUGAGGAAUGGAACGAAACGGAAUCCGUGACACAAUUGGAGACACCUGACAAAUUGAAGGAGGGACCAUUAAUGGUGGACCACAGUCAAAGCAGUGAGCCAUCAAAGGAGGCUGUUGUUGUUGACAAUGGGCAGAUUCAUCUAGGGAAUGAAGUAUGGCUGCCAUGCGAAAAGUAUGAACACCUACUGGCAAUCGGAGCUGAAAAGAAGGCGGCUAGGGACGCUGCCGUCUCUAUUUUCUCUACUGCUGGGCUACUGGACAAAAGCAUAACUGGCCUCCCGUCCAACAGAUUUGUUCAAAGUGGGGCCGUUGGCAAGGAGUGCGUUGAUUGA